CUUCCGUUUCUCUGAUGCUCGCUGAAGCCGGGCGUCGGGAAGAAUUUUCCCUCUUUUGGGCCUCCCGAGGAGAAAUUGCCGCGGGGUUCACGAGACCUCGCGGGGGAAGGGGGCGGGUGGCCGCACUGCGCUGGCCGUCAGGGGUGGGAGUAGGACGCUGAACCGAGUGCCCUGUGGAAAGGUGUCCGUCUGGCGGGCAGCAGCGCUAGCCUCCGGAAUCCGCGACUCCAGACAGGGACCGCUGGGAGGAACCGGAGCUGACCCUGGGAACCCUUGCCAACUCCAGCGCCUUCCCCUUGGGCUUUGCGCGGUGUCUCCGCACCCACACCCUCAGCUGCGGGAUUGUCACCUGUGCGCUCUGCCUGGAAAGGCUACUGGAUCGCGAGCUCUCCAGAGAGUUAUCGGGAAGGAUGCUCAGGUGUUGGCUAUGUCCCUAAGAUGCUCGCCAGCAUUGGCCAAGAAGACAGUCAGGAUAACACCUACGAAACUUUCCUUUGUGGCAGUGUCGAGAGAAAAUAUCCCUGCUUGAGGCUCAAGGAACGCCGAAGGGAAGACUGGGAUCUUCAGGAGGAGACAGGGCCCAGUCUGCGCAGAAAGGCAAGCACAGAGUUCCAGGGAACCCUGGAGGUGCCCUAAGGGGCGCCGCCAUGCGCCCUGCUUGCUCGUCAGCUUCAGCGAUCGUGACCUCCGCAGGCUCGCGGAGCACUUCUUUGCGGUGGAGGGAAGAGGAAGGAUCCGGCUGAACCUGCUUCGGGCAGCGAAUCGUAGGCGGGCCCUGGGUGCAUGGAGAUGUCGCGGGGGCGGUGGUGUGGCUGAGCAGCGGCGCAAGAAAGCGCUCACGCUGCUCCCCGGGGACUCAACUGGCUACUACCCGCACUUCUUUUGGUGGGGCUUCCGGCCUUGGGAGGCCACUUGGAGUGCAGAGCUCCCUGAGUGUUUUGGUGGGCAACUCCCUUAGAGCCUUGCGUGGGGCUGACACGCCGUGGUACAGGUGUAGUCGUUAGCCGCGGGCGCGCUAUUCGGAGCACUGUAUGAUCCCUUUGGCCCGGAGCUAGCUUACGGGGCGUAGAACUCCAAGUACCCGCCAGGCAGACCUGUAGAUGUGCUACUCUGCACCUCGGCGGCCGGAGCCCCAGGCCACCAGCCAGGGUGAAGGAAGUCCCGGCGGAGCCUGGCUUCCAGACUGUCGCCCGGGUGCCAUCCUGAUGGCUGCCUGAGGUGGGUCCAGCUCCGGCCCCGGGACCUAGACAGUUGCGCGUGGCUUCCGCCUCCCCUAUGCUGCUCGGAGCGUCCUUGCUAUGCGUAUCCUAGGCCGCUGCCGUUGCUGCACAGACCGAGGGCGACAACGACAGGCCUGGCGGACUGCGGACCCUUACGGCCUCGGCUGCGGGCGAGGACAUGGAAGAGUCGUCCCUGCUGGAUCUUCUGGAGUGUUCCGUGUGCCUGGAGCGCUUGGAUACCACGGCCAAGGUGCUGCCGUGUCAGCACACCUUCUGUCGCCACUGUCUGGAGAGCAUCGUGCGCUCCCGUCAGGAGCUGCGCUGCCCGGAGUGCCGCGUCCUGGUGGGCUGCGGUGUGGAGGAGCUGCCCGCCAACAUCCUGCUGGUGCGCUUGCUGGAUGGCAUCCGCCAGAGGCCUCGUGCUGUCCCGGACUCGAGGGUGGCCUCCAAGCUCGAGGGGGUCGGGAGCAGCACAGCCGGGAGCGCCCCGGGCUUACCAGAUCUCUCUAUGGAGGCGGGCAAUCUGUGCGAGCUGGCGACUAGCAGGAGCGUUCCUCUGGCAAAGAGUCCUUCCCAGCUUCCCUAUGGCAAAUCCCUGUACAAUUAUGAGGAGAAAGAGCCUGGUGACCUCAAGUUCAACAGGGGAGAUGUCAUCAUCCUUCAGCACAGGGUGGAUGAGCACUGGUUCCAUGGGGAACUGGGUGGUACCCACAGCUUCCUGCCAGCCAGCUACGUGCAGUGCCUCCGGACCCUGCCACCUGCCCCACCCCAGGGCAAAGCCCUAUAUGACUUUGAAAUGAAGGACCAAGACCAGGACAAGGACUGCCUGACCUUCACCAAGGGUGAAGUCUUGUCUGUGAUGAGAAGAGUGGAUGACAACUGGGCAGAGGGAAUGCUGGGAGACAAGGUUGGAAUUUUUCCCCUCCUGUAUGUGGAGCUCAACGACUCUGCCAAGGAGCUUAUUGAGAUGGACAAGCUCUGCCCAGCUGCUGUAUCUGGCUGCCAUGCCUCAUUGCCAUCUGACCCCAGCACAGUGGCCAGUAUGGCCCCAUGUCCCACUUUAAGCAGCACAGGAGCAGUCAAUGCCUUUCAACAGCAUGCAGAUGGCAAGAAGAACACCAAGAAACGCCAUUCCUUUACCACAUUCAGUGUGACACACAGGUCCUCACAGGCCACCAGCCACAGGCAUUCCAUGGAAAUUAGUGCUCCAGUUCUGAUCAGCUCCAGUGAUCCCCGGGCUGCAGCCAGGAUUGGGGACCUGACUCAUCUGUCCUGCAGUGCUCCUGCCCAGGACUCCUCCCCGGCUGGAUCCAACCCAGUGACUGAGCAGCACUGCAUGGCUCCCAAAGCCCAGCUGUCCUUCAAUAUGUACCUGGCGCUCUAUGCCUACAAGCCCCAGAAGAAUGACGAGCUGGAGCUGCACAAGGGUGAGAUGUACCACGUCCUUGAGAAGUGUCAGGAUGGCUGGUUCAAGGGCACAUCCCUGAGGUCUGGGCUCUCUGGGGUGUUUCCAGGGAACUACGUGAUGCCUGCUUCCAGGGCUCACUUAGAAGGGGCUGGGCCACCCUGGAAUAAUGUGGUUGAAAGGUCUCCACUGGUCAAAGGGAUAACCACAACCAUCCACCCAGGUGGUGGAAGCCUGAGCAGCCCUCCUUGUGCCCUGAGACCAAUCCUUCCUCUCAGCACAUCCCAAGUCCAGCACCAGGCAGCCUCUCCCCCAGUGGGCAGUUGCCUCUGGCACUCAGCCCAGCUUGUGGAAAGCCAAGCCCGGAACACCACCCCCACAGCUGCCCACUGCUCUGCUCAGGCUCAAGACCGACCAACCACUAUGGUGUCACCCCUGCGCACCCAAAACUCCCCAUCUUGCCUGCCCACAGCCAGCCUCAGGCCCCAUUCCAUGGUGUCCCCAAAGCACCUCCAUCAGCCCCCAAUGCAGACCAUCACUGAGGCCCAGUGCAUCUGGCCAACCAUCCCAUUCAUGUCAGCAGCAUCAGCCAUCACACCUCCCAAUGUCACUGCUGCCAAUCUCAAUGGGAACACCGGAGGGGGGACUGUUAGCAGCCUGUCAACAUCCGGCCCCACCAACAUGGAAUGCAAACCUGAUGAGAAGAAAAAUGAAAAGAAAGAGAAGAAGAGUGGGCUGCUGAAACUUCUAGCAGGGGCAUCCACCAAGAAGAAGUCUCGAUCCCCAACGUCCAUAUCUCCCACCCAUGACCACCAGGUGGCAGUAGACACCUCAUUCCACGGUGCAGUGGAGCCAGAAGUGUCCUCACUGUCCACCCACGGACGGGCAGGGUCCUGCCCCAUAGAGAGCGAGAUUCAGGGGGCAAUGCAGAUGGAGCCACUGCACAGAAAGGCGGGCUCCUUAGAUCUGAACUUCUCAUCACCUUCCAGGCAAGCCCCUUUCUACAUGGCCGUCACCUGCUCCAAGCCCAAGCCGGUGCCCAGAGAGAGUGUUUGUCCCCCGUUCCCCUUCAGGUAUCGAGUGGUGGUGUCAUACCCACCCCAGAGUGAGGCGGAGAUAGAGCUGAAGGAAGGCGACAUUGUGUUUGUGCACAAGAAACGUGAGGAUGGCUGGUACAAGGGGACCCUGCAGAGGAAUGGCCGCACAGGCCUCUUCCCGGGCAGUUUUGUCGAGAGCUUCUGAGGAUGAACUCUCCACAGCCCAUCACCAGGGAAGAAGGCCUUCCAGGAAGCCCUAAGGUGCAAAAAGAGUCACAACACUCAAGGGUCUCAGGUGCCUUCUAAGGCCCCUGGCAGGGAACACCAUAGCCUGGGGUUGGGGCCCAAGGGUGUGGAGGUCCUGCCUAUACUCACAACCCCCAACUGAGAGCACACCCUGAUGUUGUUCUUGGACAAGAUGCCUACUACUCCUAUGUGAACUGUAAAGAAAUACCUUUGGAGAGAGAGGGAGAUGCUAAUGCAGGUGGACUUGCUGCUGUGACUUCUGCCAAUUGGCCAUGUCUUUGCAUCUCCUGGUGCAAGUCUGGGAGCUACAGACUUAAACUGGGAUGGGGCUGCUGGGCAGGCAGUGGGCAUGGGGCCAGACAGUUUGCAGAAUGGCUUCAUGGGCUGUCUGGGCUACAUGCAGGGUUCAGAUUGCUCCAUCACCUCUCUUUAUACCUCAGUCACCUGCCGCCAAGCCACUCAGCAAGGGUGUUGCUGGCCAUGGGCCUCCACAGAGGCACCACUUUCCCUGGGAAAGCAGCACACAGCUCCUGUGGGGCUGCCUUUGGGCUCUGUCUCUGCCGGUAUUAUGAACAACACUUUUUCUUGGCCACCACUGCCCCUUUGCAUCACUUCUUUCUAACAUCUUUUUAAUGUAAAGCUGUUAGGCUUUAUAUAUUUUUAAUCAGUCACACAUUGCCUAUUUUUCAUAUGUCUGGUGCUGCCCUUUUGUAAUGACUUGGUUGAGCUUGAAAGAAAAAAUGUCUGAGAAAACAUCAAAUAGGCAGAAUUUUUAUAUUUACUACACGAAUUUUGGAGAACUCUGAAAAGUCCACAUUCUCAACACCACAGUGUUGGCUGCCGCUCCAUGGGAUAAGAGGGAAUCCAUUUAGGGGAUGUAAGGGAGUUUGGAAAAAGCCAAUUUCUUUAAACCAUUACCAAAUUUCCAUGCUUUGUUUAGACAGUGAUAAUUAUUAUUCACGAAUUGGAAAUAUUUGGAGUAAAAGGUACUAUAAUUGCCUUUUGUGUGGCAGUACAAAGGACAUGAAGGUCCCCAGCCUUAAAAUGUGGAAUUUCCCUUUUUUUGCUUUAACAACAAUAACUACAAUGAGCAUUAUCAAAUUAUGAUUUCUGGCUAUUAAAAUGUGUAGUUUUUAUGACAGUUCGAAUGUAAGCCUUCAAAGUCUACAAAACUUUGUGAAGGUUUUGCCAUUUAAAAAAAAAUACAUAACUACUCCCUUAUCAGGCAGCAUGAGCCUUGGUCUAGAUAUUAGAGGUACAGCAAGAGUGACAGGAAUGAGUCAUCUCUGUAGACUGGAAGGAUCCAGGAGCUGGGAUGGAGUGAAAAGAGGAAGGGACAGCUCUGACCUGGGGAUCUUCCCCUAGGUGGAGUCCAAGAGACGUAUUCCUGGGCCCCACUGCCUACACUCACAGACAUUACCUACAGUAGCCCUGUCAUGAGGCAGUCUUGCUUUCAAGAGAUUCACACCUUAGGAAUACAUUCUCAUCUGUUCAAAGUCACAGUUGUAAACCUUCACUAUAGUUUUACAAAAUCACUCAGGUUUAAAUUAGGCUGAAUAAAUUAGCCUUUGGUAACAUAAGACCUCCCUGAUUUGGGAGGAUGCAAUGAGAUCCAGAUACAUUCCCUCUCCUGGUGUGAUGCUUCCAAAUACAAAUGCUUAUUUUCAGAGUUCCUAUUCUGGGAUGUGGCUUAGAUAUGCAUUACUGCCCCAAGGGUUAGCACACUGGUGGGAUCACCCUAAAGAAAGGCUU